GAGAGAUGGUUCGUCAGGCCAGGGUCCUCUCAGGCACCUCUGACCUGGUGAAUGCCAUGCGGUCAGAUGCUGAGGUGGAAGUGGAUGUUGACAACUCUAAAAAGCUACUUGCUGCAGCUAAACUACUGGCAGACGCUACAGCCAGGAUGGUGGAGGCUGCUAAGGGCGCAGCGGCAUACCCAGAGAACGAGGACCAGCAGCAGAGACUGAGGGAGGCGGCUGAGGGGUUACGCGUGGCCACCAACGCUGCAGCUCAGAACGCCAUCAAGAAGAAGCUCAUUAACAGGCUCGAGAAUGCCGCCAAGCAAGCUGCAGCUGCAGCCACCCAGACCAUCGCUGCCUCCCAGAAUGCAGCAGCCUCCAACAAGAACACCGCCGCUCACCAGCAAUUGGUGCAGAGCUGCAAGGCCAUGGCAGACCACAUUCCCCGGCUGGUCCAGGGGGUAAGGGGCAGCCAGGCCCAGCCUGAAGACCUCACUACCCAGCUAGCACUCAUCAUCACCAGCCAGAACUUCCUACAGCCUGGCAGUAAGAUGGUGACAUCAGCGAAGUCGUCUGUUCCCACGGUGAUGGACCAGGCCGCUGCUAUGCAGCUGGGUCAGUGUGCCAAGAACCUGGCCACCAGCCUGGCAGAGCUCAGAACCGCAGCACAGAAGGCCCACGAAGCCUGCGGCCCCAUGGAGAUCCACUCAGCUCUCACAGCCGUCCAGACUCUGAAGACUGAGCUCCAAGACGCCAAGAUGGCUGCCAUAGACAUGCAGCUGAAACCACUACCUGGAGAAUCGUUGGAGAAGUGUGCUCAGGAUCUGGGCAGCACCUCCAAGUCUGUGGGAUCCUCCAUGGCUCAGCUGCUCACCUGUGCUGCACAGGGCAAUGAACACUACACAGGUGGCCAAGGCUGUGUCCCACUCUCUGAAUAACUGUGUCAACUGCCUGCCUGGCCAGAAGGAUGUGGACAUGGCCCUCAGGAGCAUUGGAGAGGCCAGCAAGAAACUGCUGGGAGAAACGCUCCCUCCAUCCACCAGGUCGUUCCAGGAGGCCCAGAGCGAGCUGAACCAGACCGCAGCAGAUCUGAACCAAUCAGCAGGAGACGUGGUCCAUGCCUCCCGYGGCUCCAGCACCCAGCUCGCAGACGCAUCUGGGAAGUUCAGCGAAGACUUUGAUGAGUUCUUGGACGCCGGCAUUGAGAUGGCUGGGCACACUCAGAGGAAAGAUGAGCAGAUCCAGGUGAUAGGUAACCUGAAGAACAUCUCCAUGGCUUCCAGCAAGCUGCUCCUGGCAGCCAAGUCUCUGUCUGUAGACCCUGGGGCAGCUAAUGCCAAGAACCUUCUGGCUGCUGCUGCAAGAGCAGUGACAGAGAGCAUUAACCAGCUAAUCACACUGGCCACACAGCAGGCCCCGGGACAGAAGGAGUGUGACAAUGCCCUACGAGAGCUGGAGGCGGUGAAAGGAAUGCUAGCCAGCCCCAACGAGCCAGUCAGCAACCUCUCCUACUUCCACUGCAUCGAGAGCGUCAUGGAGAACUCCAAGGUCCUGGGAGAGUCCAUGGCUGGCAUUUCUCAGAACUGUAAAACCGGGGAUGUGCCAGCGUUUGGKGGCUGUGUGGGACUGGCCUCCAAGGCCCUGUGUGGGCUCACUGAGGCUGCAGGACAGGCCUCCUACCUGGUGGGCGUGUCUGACCCCAACAGUCAGGCAGGGCRUCAGGGGUUGGUCGACGCCAUCCARUUUGCACGAGCCAAUCAGGCGAUCCAGAUGGCCUGUCAGAACCUGGUGGAUCCGGACAGYAGCCCCUCACAGGUACUGUCGUCUGCCACCAUCGUAGCAAAGCACACAUCAGCUCUUUGCAACGCCUGUCGCCUGGCCUCCUCCAAGACAGCCAACCCCACAGCCAAGAGACACUUUGUCCAAUCUGCCAAGGAGGUGGCCAACAGCACAGCCAACCUGGUCAAAACUAUAAAGGCUCUGGAUGGUGAUUUCUCUCAGGAGAAUAGGAACACGUGUCUGGUGGCCACAGCUCCACUCAUAGAGGCUGUUGAGAACCUCACAGCGUUUGCGUCUAAUCCAGAGUUCGCYAGCGUCCCUGCUCAGAUCAGCAAUGAGGGCUCUGCUGCUCAGGAGCCCAUCCUCCAAUCAGCUCUCUCCAUGCUGGACAGCUCCACCCACCUGCUGAAGACUGCACGUUCACUGGUUAUUAACCCCAAAGAUCCACCCACCUGGUCGGUCCUGGCUGGCCACUCUCGGACUGUGUCCGACUCCAUCAAAGRUCUCAUCACGGCCAUCAGGGACAAGGCUCCAGGCCAGAGGGAGUGUGACUACUCCAUAGAUAACAUCAACAGAUGUAUCCGGAACAUUGAGCAGGCCUCGCUAGCCGCAGUCAGCCAGAACCUGGCCAGMAGGGAUGACAUCUCACUGGAGGCCUUGCAAGAGCAGCUGACGUCCACAGUGCAAGAGAUUGGAUACCUAAUCGACCCAAUAUCUACAGCCGCCAGAGGGGAAGCUGCCCAACUAGGACACAAGGUGACCCAGCUGGCGGGCUACUAUGAGCCUCUGAUCAGGGCGUCGGUGGGCGUGGCGUCCAAGCUGCAGGACCACCAGCAGCAGAUGGCCUUCCUGGACCAGACUAAGACCCUGGCAGAGUCCGCCCUGCAGAUGAUCUACGCAGCCAAGGAGGGAGGAGGAAACCCCAGGGCGUCCCAUACCCAUGAUGCCAUAGCGGAGGCUGCUCAGCUGAUGAGGGAGGCGGUGGAUGACAUUAUGGUACCUAACGAGGCCGCCAGCGAAGGGGUGGGGUGUGGGGGCAUGGUGGAUUCCAUUGAGGCCAUGGGCAGGCUGGACGAGGGGACUUCUCCUGAACCAGAAGGAUCGUUUGUAGACUACCAGACUACCAUGGUGAAAUACUCCAAGGCCAUUGCGGUCACCGCCCAGGAAAUGAUGACCAAGUCUGUGACGUGUCCAGAGGAGCUGGGGGGUCUGGCCUCUCGGGUGACCACAGACUACAGCCAGCUGGCGCUGCAGGGACGUCUGGCCGCGCACACUGCAGAACCCCAGGAGAUUGGUUUCCAGAUCAAGGCUGGUGUCCAGGAGCUGGGUCACGGCUGUAUCUUCCUGGUGCAGAAGGCUGGAGCGCUGCAGAUCACCCCSUCAGACAGUUACACCAAGAGAGAGCUCAUAGAGUGUGCCCGCACCGUCACAGA